GGAAAGCCAGAACAAGUGGGAAUAAUAUUUCACAGUUUCCACUGUCACCCACACACCACAACCACAGAGCGCAGCCCUCAGAACCUGAACCCUUUUCCUCUCUCUCUCUCUCUCUCUUCAACAAGCUAAGACCUCACAAACCCCAACGCCAUCACUUCCCCACUUCAAAGUUCUCUUCUUUUUCUAUCUUCAUCGUUUCCCAUUCCCUCAAUAAUGGACAAGAUCGUUGCUCUCUACAACCUUGAAGCUCGUGGCAUAGUGUGAACCCAACUUCAAAAGCUAACUCCUUUGCUUUGCGCUCUCUCUCUCUCUCUCUCUCUCUCUCUCUCUCUCUCUCUCUCUCUCUCUCUCUCGUACGUCUUCCUCUUCCGGAGGAUGGCCUGCCGGAAACUCAUCGCCGGGAACCUGGAUCCGCAGCGAAAGAGAAGUGGUGGAUUGAGGACUAAACAGGCGGGAAGAGGAUCAUGCCGUGGUAGUUAGGACUUUUUUGCAACACUCACCGGAAAAUGCAUGCUCAUCGGAUUUGAAGGUUUCUACUCUUUUCUGUUCUUAUCUUCUGUUGGUGCAUGCUGUUGUUGUUGUUGUUCUUCCUUUAAGGUCAGAGGAAGGAAAAAAAAAAGACUUUUUUUGUGUGGUUUUGAGAAUACCCCGUUGGAAGAAAGAUGGGGUUUUUGCUGAAAGAAGCUUUAAAGACUCUGUGCGGUCGGAAUCAGUGGUCUUAUGCUGUGUUCUGGAAGAUCGGAUGCAACAAUUCAAAACUAUUGAUCUGGGAAGAAUGUUAUUAUGAACCAUUGCCAUGUUCUUUCCCACAACCAAAUUUUGGGAAUGGAGAAGGAAGCUGGUUUUCUUCUGAGUCUCACUCGUCUCAGAUGGGGAUCCAAGAGGAGGACAGAGUUUGUUCUUUGAUUAACAAAAUGACAGUGAAUAAUUCAGUCAAUAUCGCAGGUGAAGGAAUAAUUGGACGCGCUGCAUUUACUGGCAACCAUCAGUGGAUUCUUUUCAACAAUUUCAGUAGAGAUGCAUAUCCACCUGAGGUAUAUGCUGAGAUGCAUCACCAACUUUCAGCUGGAAUGCAGACUGUUGCAGUGAUUCCUGUGCUUCCCCAUGGGGUUGUUCAACUUGGAUCUUUCUUGCCAAUAAUGGAGAAUAUUGGGUUUGUAAAUGAUGUAAAGAGCUUGAUCUUGCAACUUGGAUGCAUUCCCGGUGCCCUUCUAUCGGAAGAUUAUUCAGGAAGUCCUUCCAUUGGAAGAGCACUUGCUACUGGUGGCUUGCCUGUCUCUGUCAAACCACCUGCAAUUCCCUCACAUUGCAUUCCAUCAGUAUCUAAUGGUUCAAAUGAGCAAAGUAACCCAUCUCAUGUUUCAAGGCCAACUGUUCAAACACACUGUCCUAUAAGGGGAGAAAUGAAUAACUUCCAAGGUUCAGUAUUGACUCCCAAAACUAAUAACCUGAGCCAGAUAUCAAAUGGUUAUUGCCAACCAAAUGCUACUACAUUGAUUAAAACAAACUUUGCUGGCCAAAGUGAGAAUAGGGUUGUGGAGGCUGAAGUGAUACCCUCAAGCAGAGGUUCAUGCCUACAGCAGCCUUCUGUUUCAUAUAAUGCAAGAUCUGCAUUCAAUGGCUUAUCCAGUUUCGGUCAAUCAGUUCCAAGCGAUUGCAAUCUAAAAUAUAUGGAGCAACAAAUGAUGUCAGUCCUUGGGAAUCAAGGUCACAGUAAUCCUAGUAUAAAUGCAUCAAGUACAUUAAACAUGUCUCUACUAAAGACAGAUGGAGGCCAUAUACUUGAUCACAAUCAAAGUUCUAGCAGUGCUUCAUUACUUGCUGGAAUACCAAUACAUGGUGGGGUGAGUAGUCUUUUGAGGACAAGUCUUGUUACUGAUUCUGGUUUAAGAACUCCAGAUGUGUCCGUUGGUGAUUUAUCCGGAGCACAAGGCGGUGGGGUUGGAGUUAAAAGUGAUGGUUCAAGUGAAGCAGGUGGUUGUUCUCUGGCUAAUUUUUUCAGUCAUUCAGGUUCCUUUACUGUGCCUACGGAAGGUUCUGAUCAGAAGCUUCUCUCUGUAGAUGUGAAGGAUGUUCAUGACGCUUUACCUUCAAAGCCUGUGACUACCGGAGGUCAAAGCCCUGAUUUUGUCCAAGAUUGUGUUAAUAAACAUGUUACUGGUCGAUCUAUGGUGAAGAAUGUUAAACAAGAACAAGUUUGUGCUCAACCGUCAUCAGGUGAUGAUCUGUUUGAUAUUCUAGGAGCAGAUUUCAAAAACCAACUUCUGAGUGGAAACUGGGAUAAGUUGUUUGCUGUUGGAUCUGAAUCUAAUACAGAAAAUAUGGAUAAAAAGCCAACAUGUAUGAAUAUGCAGGGUAUGAACUCUGAUUAUUACUCUGCAAGUGAAGCAAUAUCAGAGAGUGACAUUUUUUCUGGGACAGGCACAGACCACCUCUUGGAUGCUGUGGUUUCAAAGACCAAAUCUGUCAUGAAACAGAAUUCUGAUGACAUGUCUUGCAGGACAACUUUGACAAGUAGUACCUGUUCAGUUCCCUCUCGUGCCUACAAGCCGGCUAUGCCUGAUCAUAUCCAGGGUGGGAUGUUUGGUAUUCCUAAGAGUGAGGGUAAAACAGGUGCUGUUGAAAAUUCCAUGAGGUCUGGAUGUAUUAAGGACGACGGUGGAAAGUGUUCCCAAACUUCUUCUAUGUUUGGGUCCCAACUUAGUUCAUGGGUUGAAAAUAGUAGCAAGCUUAAGCUUGAAAAUAGUGUUUCGACUGGAUACUCCAAGCGACCUGAUGAAGUUUGCAAAUCGAAUCGCAAAAGGCUUAAACCGGGAGAGAAUCCUAGGCCUCGACCUAAGGAUCGCCAAAUGAUUCAAGAUCGUGUAAAAGAGUUACGGGAAAUUGUGCCAAAUGGAGCAAAGUGUAGCAUAGAUGCACUUCUGGAACGUACCAUCAAGCAUAUGCUUUUUUUGCAGAGUGUGACAAAGCAUGCUGACAAGCUGAAACAAACUGGGGAUUCAAAGAUUAUCAGCAAGGAAGGUGGACUGCUUUUGAAAGACAACUUUGAGGGAGGGGCUACAUGGGCAUACGAGGUUGGCUCACAAUCAAUGGUUUGCCCUAUUAUAGUUGAGGAUCUGAACCAUCCUCGUCAGAUGCUAGUGGAGAUGCUUUGCGAGGAACGAGGUUUCUUUCUGGAAAUAGCUGAUUUAAUCAGAGGAUUAGGCUUAACUAUACUAAAGGGGGUAAUGGAAGCAAGAAAUGACAAAAUCUGGGCUCGUUUCGCCGUUGAGGCGAAUAGGGACAUAACAAGGAUGGAAAUAUUUAUGUCGCUGGUUCGGCUUUUGGACCAAACGGUGAAGGGAAAUGUGUCUUCAUCAAAUGCAGGUGACAAGAACAUGAUGGCAUAUCAAUCUUUUCCGCAAGCUACCCAGAUUCCGGCAACUGGUAGGCCUAGUAGUUUGCAAUGAACCACCAACCGGGAGCUACGUAUGGUUUCUUGGCAUGGAUGUGUUGAGAGCAAGUAUGAUAUGCGCUAGGCUUGCAAUGACUAACAUCAAAUCCAAUCCAUUCCAAUCCGAUCCAAAGUUUUCUGGUGGUGUUAACUUCUAACUCUCCCGUAUCUCAUAUCUGAUAAUGCUAAGUUAGUGAAGAGCACCUCAAAAUUAAUAAAUACGUACUCUCCCAUAUUGUAACUGUUUCCACAUGUUCCCUCCAACAUGUGAUGCUAUUAGUGAACUCUUAGGUGACUUGUGUUGUAUCCUUUAUUUUUUAGUGUGGAGGGUGGUUCUGGUAGUGAGUAUUUGGUAGCAGUUUGGUGAUAGAUUCAAGAUUUGAUGUAUAGAUAUUGUAGGAUGUGUAAGGAAGGGGGUUAAUGUGUACUUUAUACUCUUGAUUUUUCUAAUUAGGGCCCUAAAUUGGAAGUGUUAUAUCUAAAUACAUAAAAGCUUUAUGUGUGGUUUGUAAAUUA